CCGCUCGUCCCGAAUCGCAUGCCUCCGUCAUCAGCAGAGCCCCCAACCGCCUCCGCCGCGAACGCCGCGCGCAAUGCAUCGAUAGACGAGUCGCGGCGAAAUGGCCGCAAAGACCCUAAGCAGAACGAACAGUCGCCGCUACUGACGCCUCAGGAUGAUGAAACCGAUGCCUUCAUGGCCCGCCGCGAAUCGGCCAUCGAGGACGACGAGGACGACGACGAGAUCGACCCGUUCGAGACAACAAAGAGCGUGUGGUACCUCAUCCUGCUGACCAUUAGCAUCGGAGGCUUGCAAAUAGCCUGGUCUGUCGAGCUCUCCAAUGGCUCGCCGUAUCUGCUUUCCCUCGGCCUGAGCAAGUCUCUGAUGGCUCUGGUCUGGAUCGCUGGUCCGCUGUCCGGGACCCUGGUGCAGCCAUAUGUGGGCAUGCUCAGUGACAACUGUCGUAUCCGCUGGGGCAAGCGGAAGCCCUUCAUGCUUGUCGGCGCCAUUGCUACCAUUACCUCACUUCUCUUCUUGGCCUGGACCAGGGAGAUUGUCAGUGGUGUUCUUGGUUUGUUUGGCGCCGCUCCAGAUUCCGAUGGCGUCAAGACAACCAUAAUCGUAGUUGCUGUGCUGUGGGUUUAUAUUCUGGAUUUCGCCAUCAAUACAGUGCAAGCUGCAAUUCGAGCGUUUAUAUUGGAUUGUGCUCCAUCUCAUCAGCAAGAGGCUGCCAAUGCCAUGGCGAGCAGGAUCACUGGCGUUGGAAACAUCGUAGGCUACGUUGCUGGUUUCGUGAACCUGCCAAAGAUUGUUUGGUGGCUCGGAAAGACGCAGUUCCAGGAUCUGUGUGCGAUUGCCAGCAUUGCACUUGGAGUCACCGUCAUUAUCAGCUGCGUUUUCAUACAAGAGCGUGAUCCCAGACUUGAGGGCCCACCUCCAAGAGAUCAGCCCGGCGUCUUGUCAUUUUUUGCCAAGAUCUUCACGUCGAUGAAACGCCUGCCUCCGGUGACCAAAAGGGUUUGCCAAGUGCAAUUUUGUGCCUGGGUUGGUUUCUUCCCCAUGCUUUUCUACACGUCGGCCUAUAUCGGUGAGAUCUAUGUACAGCCGUUCCUGCGCGAGAAUCCAAACAUGACUCCCAAGGAGCUCGAUGAGCUAUACGAGCGCGCCACUCGGGUGGGAACCUUUGCUCUGUUGAUAUACUCAAUCACAAGCCUGAGCACAAACGUCUUCCUGCCUUUCUUCAUUCAACCUACAUACGAUGCAGCACCACUGGUAUCGGCGGAGGCGCCUGGCGAGGGCCCUACGGCGCUAGUUAAUCCCAAGCACGCUAACGGCAGCAGUCGGUCGUGGCUCGACCGCCUGGUUAUCCCUGGCUUUACGCUCCGUCGUGCCUGGAUGUUCUCCCACAUACUGUUUGCAGUCAGUAUGGGCUGCACUGUUCUUGUGGAAUCAGUCGAGGCAGCUACGGUUCUCAUCGGGCUGGUCGGUAUUACGUGGGCCCUGACUUUGUGGGCUCCAUGGUCUCUGAUAUCUUCGGAGAUUUCGAGGCGUGAUGCAGUGCUGCGAGCCCAACAGAGGCGCCGCGGACUCAAUCUGGAUCAGACUUAUGAUGAGGACGAAACUCCCUCAUCCGAAGCCAGCUCGGGCCAGCUAGAUGCGGAAAGGGACGAGCAAGUCGCGGACCAGGCUGGAAUUAUCCUCGGCAUACACAACAUGGCCAUCGCAGCACCGCAGAUCAUCGCGACGGUCGGCUCCAGCAUCAUAUUCAAAUUCUUCCAGAAACCGCGAGGCACUCCAGGAGAUCGUAGUAUCUCUAUCGUCAUGGCCCUUGGAGGUAUCACCGUUCUGGGCGCUGCCUGGCUUGUGCAUCGCAUUGAUGACGAUGUUGCCGUGCCAGCUGAUGAGCUCUCGGGUAUUAUGGAAGCGGGUGCCAGUGAUGGCAUUCUAACCGGCGAACCAGCAAGGCCAUCUCUCAGCCAGAGGACGUCUUUCUCAUCGACGCGUCCGUCGUUUUCGCGCAGUCGACGGCAGAGUUCGGAAUCGCUACCGCGACACAGCCAGGAGAGAGCAGCACUGGUUAGGGCCAGCAGUUUCGGUGGUGCUGAAUAUUAG